CUGGGUCCCAUCUAUCCUUCACCCAUAUCAUUCUGUAUAGUCCUCUUUCUCCCCCAUUGCCUCCCUCUCCCUAGGGCCAUCAUGGCAGCCACUCCCCCGACACCGCUUGUGAUCGUCGAAGGCUUUCUGAGCUGCGCAGGCGCGCUCGUCUGGGGACAUUUCGAGCAGUAUGCAAACCACGCCUGUCAAAGUAAUGGAGAGGACGAUCGAAGGACAAUAUUCACUAGCGUGGGGCUUGUCAGCUCUCUACACGAUAGAGCAUGCGACCUAUUCUACGCGCUAAUAGGCGGCACAGUCGACUAUGGCGCGAAACAUGCACGCGAGAGCGGUCACAGUCGCUUCGGGCGCACGCACGCACAAGGUCUCUAUCCAGAGUGGUCUUCCGAUCGUCCAUUGCACUUCCUUGGACACUCCAUAGGAGGGCCAACUCUCAUCAAGUUGCAAUGGUUGAUUGCCACGGGGUUCUUCGGAAAGCAAUAUCACCCGGACAUGAUACUCUCCAUCAGUACCGUAUCUGCGCCUUUCAGAGGAACACAGCUUGUAUAUACCCUCGGCGAAGAUACCCGAGAUGCCCCCAAUGUCCGCCCGCUCUCCGCGGGAAACCUGCUCGCGAAGGCGAUCCAUGUGGCGUCGUAUUUUGCGCCCUUCUUACCCUUCCUCGAUCUUCACGCAGAGGCGAGAGGCUUGUCAUUUCGUGACGCCUCGUUUGUUUCCUUUCUGAGGCAGCUGUGGCGGAGCGACUGGGCGGAGAGUCGCGAUGCGACGCCGUACGACGUGACCUUCGCUGCCGCGGACGAGCGGGAAGCUGUACAAGAGGGGAAGGUCAACCCAAACACGUACUAUCGCAGUUAUUGCGCUACAAUGAGCCACACUCAUACCCCGUCCGAUGCCAAGAGCACACCAACACUGCUACAGCGAAUAUCUGGCUGGCCGCUCUACUUCGCAUCCCGUGCGAUCAUGACAUUCCGUUUCUCGGACCUCCGACUAGUGCCUACCUUCCUGGAGACGGUUGGCCCCACCAUGCCCGAGGACCAGCAUGACGCGGACGCCGAUCUCGAGGACGGCCUCGUCGACAUCGAUCAAGGCGGUGGGAAUGGCGUCUCUGCGGCGUUGCGUGCGAACGACGGCGUCGUGCCACUAUUCUCCCAGUGGCACCCGUACGAUUGCAAGCUCACACGAUGCAUGCACUAUAGCCAUAGCGAGAGCGUGUUGAACGGCCCUCCGGAGAAGUCGCGAUACCACGAGCCGCCAGUUGCAGGCGUUUGGCAUGUCCACCAUCUGGAGAACGCACACCACUUCUCCAUCGCUCCUGUCUGGCUGGCCACAGAGAGCCAGAAGGCCUUCUGGACAGACCUAGGGCAUUGGCUUCGUGCCGUUGACCAUGCACGUCGGCACGCCAGUGGUUUUGGUAGCGUCCUUCCCUCAAAUGUAUGACGCACGUCACGCAAGCAAUAUCACUAAGGCCCAACAUCGGACUGCUCGGAGGAAAUGGUUUUCACGAAGUCUGUACGCCUACAUUUAUUAGGGAUGCCGGUUGGAUCACGGAAUACAUAGGAACAAUCAAUCUCAC